AUGUAUAUCUCAAGUUUCCGUCUCUCAACCAUCCUCCUCCUCCUCAUUACCUUCACCAACUUCGCAAUUGCCACACUUCCACCAUUACACUACACCAUCACUCGGCGCGGCGGUUCAUUCCCAGCUCCCGAUACUGCUAAUCUCACCUUUCUCCAAUGCACACUCGCCGAUAUACAUGCCAGAUUCACGAGUUCCGAAAGAAUCUUAAAAGGGAAUAAAGUCGUCCGAGUACCCAAAAGAUGGCACGAUGGUCAAAUCAGCAAUACCACGACUUCAAACCCCAGAUCUGGAACAUAUCUCCAACCAGGAACUACUCUUCUCAGCGAAGUCGGAAAUUCUGGAUCCUGGUUUACGUCGUUGAAAAUUGGGGAGCCGUCUCAGAAUGUGGAUCUGGAUCUUAAUAUGUUGACGGCGGAUUUUGCAGUGAUUAGUACGCCGAGUGGAAAGGGGAGUUUUUAUUUGGAAGAGAGGAGUGGAACGUAUAGUGUGAGUAAUGAUAAUGAAGAGGGUAAGGGGAUGAAUUUCCCGGGUUGUAGAUGUGGGAAGGAUGUUGUGGGGUUACCGUUGGGGUUUGAUAUGUUUGCUGGGUUGAGAGGGGAGAGGUAUAUUCCGGUGAGUUUUGCGCAUUGUAGACCGCAGAAACAGUGGGUUGGUAGUUUGGGGAAGAGUGGUGCAAGUUUGGGGUUGGCUGUGGGAGAGGGGUUGGGACAAGUAGGGGGUUGGAAGGGAGGAUUGCUGGAGCAGAUUGUUAGGAGUGGAGUUGUGGAUACUGAGGUUUGGAGUUUGAUGUUGAUUAAUGGAUAUGAAGGGGUAUUGAGUGUGGGAGGAUCUUCGGUUGAGGCAGUUAGAGGGGUGGAGAAAAUGAUUGAAAAGGAAUUGAAGAGACUUGAAGCAGGUGGGGCAGGUGAAUUCCAACCUCUAAAUGAUGAAUUGAAGAGGGAUUUAGAUGACUUACAAUCUGGAAACGAUGAAUUCAAAAGAAUGGGCGGAUUGGGACUGCAGUCCGAACACGAUGAAAUCAAGAGAAACUCAGAGUUAGGAUUGAUGAAGAGAGACGAAAAUCCAUUGGAUAACAGUGACUUAAGUCGGAAGCCGAAUGAUGAAAGUGUUUGGGAGUGGAGUAAAGUUCGGGGUGCAGAUGGAUGGUGGGAAAUCUUCAUGAAAGGAAUUUGGGUUGACGGUAAUAAAGUUAUACAGAAUCAGCCAAUAGUUCUGGAUGUCAACACUCCCUAUAUAGUUGGUCCACCACAUCUAGUCCGCAGUUUAUACUCUUCCAUAUCCGGCUCUCGACAGCUUCCACCACCGCAUGAUCAGUUCCAUGCCUACCCGUGUUUCAACCCUCCUCACUUACUACUCGAGUUUGGCAAUCUGAGAGUCAAGGCAUUGGAAGGCAAAAGGGACGAAGGAAGUUUUUCACCAGGAGGAAGUUUCAGUUUGGGGAGGAUAGAGAGAGGUAGUGGAUACUGUGUGGGAAUUGUAGUGGAGGGCAGAUUUGGUAAUAUAGGUGGCCCGAAUGGAGUAGUUGAAAAUGGAGGUGUGGAUGGGAAUGGAAUGGAAGAUAUGUGGAUUUUCGGAGAACCGCUGUUCAGAGAUGUACAAGUUGCUUUUGAUUGGAAAGAGAAAAGAGUUGGCAUGCAACGGCUGUGA